GCUGUUUACACAAUUCCCUGUCACCACACUGGAUGCUUGUAACCUAGCGUUACGUUAAAGGUUAGCUACUUAGCACGUGACAGGUUUGUUUAACCGAAUGUAGUCACCAGUUAUGAUGUACCCUUUAUAAACAUUUAUCAUCAGCUAUUUGGAUUUUUUUUAUCUCGGAGUAAAUUGUUCGGGGUUUCAUUGAGCGUCAUGGCAAAUUUAUCCAGUUAUGCCGUGCGUAUGGCUCGCCUCAGCGCACGCAUCUUUGGUGACGUGGUGCGGCCUACAGACUCCAGAUCCAUGAAGGUGGUGCAGCUGUUCAAAGAGCCUCCUAUGGCACAGAAGAAAGAGGUGUACGACUGGUACCCUCAGCACAAGAUCUACUAUUCCCUGACCCAGAAACUCAGAUACAUGGGCCUCUUCAGGGACGAGCAUCAGGACUUCAAGGAGGAGAUGCGGCGUCUAAGGAAACUGCGAGGCAAAGGAAAGCCCAAAAAAGGAGAAGGAAAGAGAGCCAUGAAGAAAAAGUAGGCGAGAAGAUGCUGUGUUUCAGACCCCCUUUUUUCAGGAGUUUGAAGAAAUCCUGCAUAUCUCAGAGGACAUUCAUGUGUUUGGAUGGUAGUGACUGUCCCAUUCUGCUGCUUCAGAGAAGGCAGAGAAGUGAAUCCUCAGCAGGCACUGGAGAAAAUUCAAGUUAUCAGCUUGAGUGUUAUUCAUUUUGUUGUGGAUUAAAAUAUUCACUUU